AAGAGUAUUUGAAUAUUCUCAACUAAAUAUUGUUUAUAAAAUACCUGAUGAUAAUCAAAUUAUUUUGGAUCUUGUUAAAAUAUUCAGAAAAAGAUCUGAUGAAAUGGAAAAAAAUCACAAAAAAGUAGACAAUAGUGUUGAAAAAGAAAUUAUAAGCCCAAGUGAUACUUUGAAAAGUCUAGAAAAUAUAUACACUUUCUUAUUUCAGCAAGAAAGUGCAAAUGAAUAUAUAAAACUA